UCAAACCAGUCUUGCAUUCCUGGGAUAAAACAUACUUGGUCAUGAUGUACUAAUCCUUUUAUGGACUGUUGAAUUCAAAUUGCUAAUAUUUGCCUAGGAUUUUUACAUCUAUGUUCACACAAUGUCUUUCAGACACCCAUGAGAACAAUCGAUGGUACCAGUUUCUUGUACAGCCUUCUCACGCUUAUACAAGCAGGCAUUUUCUCAGCCAUGGUCCACACAUAAUUUUUUUCCAUCACUUAACAAAACUGUUAGCAUAUUAUUUUGUGUUUUGGUCAUCUCCCACCUUGCUUUUUUUCCUAUGGCAUUUUAUUUCCUUGAAAUUAAUAAACAGGAAAAUACAAAACUUGACAAAGCUGGAUAGGAUAGACAGUCAUUCAUCCUAUUAUUUUGGUUCCUCCUUUCCUUCCUUUUGUCCAACUGAACAAUACUUGGCUGUGAGAUAUUUUGGGGGUUCUGCCUGCCGCGGAGGAAUAGAACCUACGACAGAUGCUUAUCCAGGGAAUUCAGCUGUGUCUAAAUGACAACACCGUGGAUGCUGUAGAUCGGAUCCUGUCACCCACUCAAGGCUUAGCCGGUCACUGGGUCACUGCGUGACGGAACCCUGUGCUGAGCGUUGGAGGAAGACACAUCCGCCAGGCACCCAGCAGGCGCGCGGCUCGCGGGAGCGGCGGCUCGGGGCGGGCCGCUCGGGUCCCCGCCCACCCCGGCGCGGUCAGAGGGCGGGCGCGCGGACGCCGCGGCCGGCGAGAUGCGACAACCAGCGGUUCGGCUGCUGUGGCUGGGCCGGGUGCAGUACGGCGAGCUCCUGGCGCUGCAGGAGCGCUGGCUGCGCCGGCUGCAGGCCGAGCCAGGCCCCGACGCCCCGUCGGCCUCCGAGGCGGGCGCGCUCCUGCUCUGCGAGCCCGCGGGGCCUGUGUACACGGCCGGGCUGCGUGGAGGUCUGACGCCCGAGGACACUGCGCGCCUGCGAGCCCUGGGCGCCGACGUGCGCGCCACAGGCCGCGGCGGCCUAGCCACCUUCCACGGCCCCGGCCAGCUGCUGUGCCACCCAGUGCUGGACCUGCGACGCCUGGGCCUGCGCCUGCGCAUCCAUGUGGCAGCGCUGGAGGCGUGCGCCGUGCGCCUGUGCGAGCUGCAGGGCCUGCGGGGCGCGCGUGCACGGCCCCCGCCCUACACGGGCGUCUGGCUCGGGGAGCGCAAGAUCUGCGCCAUUGGUGUCCGCUGUGGAAGGCAUGUCACAUCCCAUGGGCUGGCACUGAACUGCGCGACUGACCUCACGUGGUUUGAGCACAUUGUGCCGUGUGGACUGGAGGGAACAGGUGUCACUUCGCUGAGUCAAGAGCUGCAGAGACACGUCUCUGUAGAAGAGGCGAUGCCGCCCUUCCUCGUGGCCUUUCAAGAAACCUACAAGUGUACAUUGAUCUCCAAGGACAGUCCCAUCUGAUGGACGUUCAUGCGACCCGCAGCCAGGAUGGCCUUGCCUUGGAAAGCAACACUGUCUGACUUGAGAACCUGGCACCCAGGUUGGAGGCCAACCCAGUUCCUGACUGAGAGACUCAGGUGCCACCAGAAGCUCUAAGCGGUUGUUGCCAUGUGUAUCAUGGUUUAUUCAUAGCUUCCUUUGCCUACCUCAGAGAUAACAGAUGUGAAAGCGCUAUGAAAAGCCUCAGCAACUAUAAGAAAUAGUGCUACAGACGCCAGCCUCUCAGUUAAGAGAAACAGAUGUCACGGAUAGUCAUUUAUCAGUUAUUAGUUCCUUCCUUAAAACCAUCUCUAAUUGGGUGGUUCUGGCUUUGAUUUUGUGGGGUUCAGGUCUCUGGAUGGUCUAGGUGAAGAUGCCCAAUAAGACGUCAUGCUUUUUCAUUCUCAAGAGACCUGGAUGCCUUUUGUAGUAAAGGGAAGGUAGAGAUUGACCUCCUGGCUUGGAAUCCCCAGUUUUGGUCGUUUAACCCCUUUCUUUCGUGAUAAAUUUGUACUGGACCCAAGGCAGGGAGAAAGACCAGAGUCAUUUCUCCCAUUGUCCACAUGAGAGACAGAAUUGAGUGUUCACAGUUAUGUAAUUCUGCCUAACAAAUCACUAAAGCCUAGAGAUUCAACGAUAAGCGUGCAUGGUUUCAUUUUUCUCUGUGUGGAUCAGGGAUUUGGGAGAAGCUUAGCUGGGUGUUUGCAGUUCAGGAUCUCCCACAAUCUUGGGAGUCAGGAAUGUCCACUGGGGCUGCCACCAUCUGUGUUCACAAGUUGGGAGGAGGAAGGUCAGCUUCUGGGAUAGCUCACACACUUCCUGGUGGUCCUGCGUGUGGACAGGAGACCUCAGUUCCCCCGUAGGGCUCCUGGAGGUCAUCAUAACAGAGACAAAGGAGGGAGCCAUGUCUUAUGGGACCUCUUGGUGGGACUCACACUCGUUUCUGCAGUCUCCCAAGAGAGAAGCCCUGUGCUGUGUGGAAGGGGCUUCCCAAGCAUCAGGAGAGCCAAGGUGCCUGGGGGGCAGGGUAGGCAUGCUGGAAACUGGCUUCUGCAUCAUCCUGUUUUAAGAGUCAGGGGGCUCUGGUUCCAGUCCUGCUUCAGUGGAAACAUCUUGUCCUCUCGCAGACUUUCUGUCUUCCCUUUGACAGGUGCUGUUCAAUAUUAAUAGAAUGUCAGUCACAUUGUCAUUUGACAUUAGCUAGAAACCAUGCUAAGAGAAUAAGAAGAAAUGAGUAGUAUUGGUUUCAAUAUACUUUAAUUAGCAGAGCAUAUUAAAAAUAUCAACUUAUAUCAAUACAAAUGAAUUAUGAGAUAUUUUGCAUCAUUUUGAUACUGAAUCUUCAAAAUCUGGUAUUUCAUGCUUGUAGC